UUAAGUGGACCCUAUAAUAUAAUACCAGGAUUUAAUAAUACCCUGCGAAGACUGCAUAGUCAACUUGCACAGUUUCAUGUAUAACGGCUUCGUAGAGUUGUAUUUAAUAUUAUGUUCAGUGUAAAGUGGGUUUAACACUACUGGUGUGCUUAGAUUUGUUCCAGCGCACCAAAAAGCACUGGUUAGAUCUUGUUAUGAGAACGAAAAUGUCGUCCGUAACUGAUUUACGCUAAGCUUGACGUCUCAUAGCCUGACGGAACAAAAGGGAACACAGGCUGUAAAAACAGGAACUGACAAUUAUAAGCUCACAUAGAAAAAAGCAAUGGAGGAUCCGCUGAUGACGAAUUAUACUGGUAGUAGUAGCUCUAGCAAGGUCAUAAAUGGAAGAACAGAUGCCAUAGCCUAUGGAAAUCGAUACCAGAGGGCUGCAGCGCUCGUUGAUCUGGCUGAAGAUGGCAUAGGAUUGCCUGAGGAAUUAAUUGACCCUACAAAAUUCGGACAGGCUGCCAAGUUCUAUUUCAUGUUUAUAAAAUUGGAUCUACUAUGGUCUUUGAAUCUUGUGGCAUUGGUUCUGUUGAACUUUUUUGAGGUACCCCUGUGGUGCAGUUCAAAUCCUUGCAGCGACAGAAAAUAUUAUUUCUUGGGGGAAUUGCCAUACUUAACAGCAGAGCAAUCUCUAAUAUAUGAACUAGUCACUUUGUGCAUUCUUGCUGUACACACGUUUUUUCCCAUCAGCUACACAGGAUUUGAACUCUUUCGAAAAAAUUCAGUCAAUAUUUUAAAGGUCAUAUUGUUGGGACUUUUGGUGAUAGACUUAAUAUUUGAUAUUCUCUACAUCAGUUCAGGGCCUAUUUCCUAUUUGCCUUUAAGAAUUGCUCCAUAUAUCCGUGUGUUGUUUCUUCUGGUGAACAUUAGAGAACUGCGGGACUGCGUUUGGUCCUUAACUGGCAUGGUGGCAGUCUAUCUUGAUGUCUUGGCCCUUUUGGUUUUGUUCCUUUUGUUUUCAAGCUGGUUAGCAUAUAUAAUGUUUGAAGAUACAACGCAAGGAAAACUUAUCUUCACAUCUUAUGGGGAAACAUUAUGUCAAAUGUUUGUGCUUUUCACAACAUCAAACAAUCCAGAUGUCUGGAUACCUGCAUAUAAGUCAUCUCGUAUAUCUUGCCUCUUCUUCAUACUAUACAUACUAUUCGGUGUGUACUUUGUGACAAAUCUUAUUCUUGCUGUUGUUUAUGACAGUUUCAAAAAACAGCUUGCAAAACAAGUUGCAGAAAUGGACAAAAUGCGAAAUAGAACAUUGGAAACAGCUUUCACCCUUCUUGAUGAAAAUAAAUGCGGCUUUUUAGACAAAGAUCAGUGUGCUGAACUUUUUCAAGCAUUGAAUAUGUACCGGACAUUGCCAAAAAUCUCAAAGGAAGAUUUUGACUCCAUUUUUUUUGAACUUGAUGAUAGUCAAGACUUCAAGAUAAACAAGGAGGAAUUUGCAGAUCUGUGUGAUGCAAUUUCCUUGAGAUUUGAGAAAGAGCUUGUGCCAUCUUUGUUUGAGAGAUAUCCAUACUUCUACCAUUCCACACCAUGUAAUUGUUUGCGGAAUUUUGUAAAGAGCAAGAUGUUUGACUACAUCAUCAUUUUCAUGCUUUUUCUAAAUUUGGUCACAAUCAUCAUUGAAACAACGCUGGAUAUUCAGAAUGAUGCUGCUCAGUACAUUUGGCAAACAGUAGAGAUCUGCUUCGGUUGGCUGUAUGUGGUCGAGAUGCUACUUAAAAUAUUUUCUUAUGGUUUUGAUGCUUACUGGCGUGAAGGUCAAAAUCGUUUUGAUUUUGCAGUUACAUGGAUAAUUGUUAUUGGAGAAACUUUGAAUCUUGCUUUUCCUCAUGGUUUGCCGAUUCUCUCAAAUGCGGAGUGGAUUCGUUAUUUGUUAAUUGCUAGACUUUUACGACUUACAAGAAUUUUGAUUCGAAUUCCACGCUAUAGAGGAAUUAUGGAAACUUUCUUCACACUUAUUCCAAGUUUAACAUCAUACAUUGGAUUAAUCUUUUGUGUUAUGUGUCUCUACUGCUCUCUUGGUUCACAGUUAUUUGGUGGCCUUGUUUAUGAAGGAAAUCCUAAGCUAGAGGGAACAACUCUUUUAGAGAGCGACUAUUUAGUCUUCAAUUUUAAUGACUAUCCUAGUGGCAUGGUCACACUAUUUAACCUGAUGGUCAUGGGGAACUGGCAAAUUUGGAUGGAGAGCUAUGUGAAACUGACGGGAACCUCGUGGACUCUGAUAUACUUCAUCAGCUAUUAUGUGAUAACAGUUUUGCUUCUCGUUAAUCUGGUGGUUGCAUUUGUAUUGGAGGCAUUUUUUGCUCAAUCAGAGCUUGAAUCAAGCAAUUGUGAUGAGGAAACCGACCAGUCGAAUUCCAAGGAUUCUAAGAAUUCGCGAUCACGUCGUGCAAGACGUAUCAGUUCUACAGGGAGAAGUGGGCGAGUCCAAAUGCUUCUUCAUCAUAUUUUGAGUUCAGAGUUGGAAGAACACUGUACUUAGUGUUAAUAUUUAAUGCAUAUGUAUUAUGAGCUUAUGAGCUUAUGUAAAAUAUCAAUGGCUUCUCUCUUAACUCCUACUGCGUGGGAUCAUUAACUCCUACUGCGUGGGAUCAUGGCUAUGGUUGAUUUAUUUCAUAUGAUAUAUGUGAUUGUAUCUUAAAAAUUUUGUUUUGAGUAGGGGAGAGGAAUCAGAACGUGUGCACCCUAACUUCACGUUUCUCAAAAUCAUGUGGACAUUUCAAAAAAAUUGAAUUUUAUACAGCAGCUUACUUGUGAUGCCACAUCAGCAUGCAUUUUUCUGAAAGUGUCCAAAAUGGUCCCAAAUUGUCAUAAGAUCCAUAGGUGUGCACUAAGUCAUUUUUACUUGUGCGCAAAUGUGGCAUCACAUCAUUGGUUUUUUUUUAAUUUUAGAGGUACUUUUUUGGGGGAAAGCAUUGACAUGACAUUUUUAGAGCACCACUAUUGGUCUCAUUUUGUCUAUGUACUAUAACAUGUAUUGGUACCCGCACAUGUAUUGGCUCCUCUCCCCUAAAUAUAAAUAUACUUGUGUUUGAUAUAUUAGUUAA